AUGUCAUCGGAACAGCAGCCGGAGCAGACUGCUAAUGUAGACACGUCUAUGAAAAUUGCGCUAGCAAUCGCAUUAAUACGAUCAAAGCUUCACAAGGCGACGCCGCCGUCACAUCCUCCAGUCGAUCAGCUUCCUUCAACCUCUAAAUCCGACGCUGAAAAAUGGAAACGGAAGGCGAAGGAACGAAAACAAGAGCUCCUUAGACUGAAAAAUGACAUCAAGGAGGCUCAAGAUGAUUCGACGUAUGAUUUAUUUCCACCUAAUGCCACUUGCAAGUGCUAUUUCUUUGAUAAUUUCGGGAAGUUAACCACUGAUAGGCUUGAAGAUGAUUGUCGUGAGAGGUACUGUGAUGUUCUUCGGCGGAGAUUUCUCAGACAAGUUCAAUCACGUGAAAGAAAAAGAAGAAGAGAUGAUUCGACGACACGAAGACUGUGCUACUCUGAUUGUAAUAGUGAAGAUGAAAUUGAACAGCUUAGGGCUUCGGUGGAUUUUCUAGUGGAAAUUUGUGGAACAGAUUUUCCUGUUAAAUCAUCUAGGUUUUCCAGCUGGUCACACCAAGCUGUUGAUUUUAUUUUAGUUACAAUUCAUUUUUCUUAUUUGAUUCGAUUUCCUCUUGCAGAAAAUGAUCUUCACCACUAUGUUCAACAUGUGAUUCGCAAACUUGGGAGAGAGCCAUAUAUUGGACAACGCGUGAUAUUUUCAGUUUCCCAGAGAAUUUCUGUCUUAGUGGAAAGUUUGCUGCUCAUGGAUCCUUUUGAUGAUGCAUUUCCUAGGAUUCAUUGUUCUAUGUAUACAAUGAUUCAGCUCAUUGAGUUUCUUGUAUCAGAUUAUCAACGGGCUUGGUGUGAUUCUGAAGAUAUCGAUAUAGGGUUGUUUGAGGACUGGGUAACAUCAGUUCUUCAUGCAAGAAAGCGACUAGAGAUUUUGGAAAGUCGAAAUUCUCUGUAUAUGAUAUACAUGGAUCGAGUUAUAGGGAACAUGGCUAAACAAGUGAGUCAUACUUUCGCAUUCCAAAAGCUCAACCCUAAUGUUUUGGAUAAGUUGUUUAUCUAACCAACAAAACUGAUACAACGGGAACUAGAAAUUGAUCUAAUG